AUGGCAGAAGCAAAGACCCGAUGGCGGCGCGCCGUGGCCAAGACGAUCGCGCAGCAGCCGCGCUCAGCGCCGAGCGGCGCCCUCGGCAUCUGGGUCAUCGUUCGCGGGCAGAUACCCAAGGACAUGCUCGAGGACAUCCGGCGUGAACUGACGGCCGACGAAGUCGCUGAGCUGUACAAGCGCGUGCACAAGAUGACUGCACCUGCGGCGACGGAGCCGGCGGCAUUGUUCGUGUUUGGACCACCAGCGGUGGGCAAGACGUCGCUCGCCAAUGCGCGUGCGACUGAGCUCUUUGACACAUCCAACACCCAACACCUCGCCCCGCCCGUUGCUCUUGUGAGCGGUCUCGCCGGAACUGGGUUCUGA